AUGUCCGCAUCAGACUCCACAUAUUUGGCUCUCAGAGACUCAUGUGUGCGCGGCGAGCUUCCAGACGGCCUCGGCUCAAUUGCGUCGCUGCUCACACCUGUCAAAACGCUGCAGAUCUUGCUUGUCGAUCUGCCCGAAACCGCCUCUCUGCGACUCUGUUUUGAGGCUGCGCAAUCGGCGCUCAAAGGCUCCGACGCCACAGAGUCUCUUCCCUUGCCCGACGCAUUCGCUCUUCCAGAAGCUGUUGUUGCGAAACUGGUGGCGGAGGCUGACAGUUUGCUGGAGGAAGAGGUGUGCAGAUGGCAUUUUGACAGCAAUGGGGAUCUAUAUUUUCAGUUUGUCCAGGCCAGGAUCUUCAAAACAAACUACUAUUUGGGCGUCUUGCCGGCUCCAGAGGAGAUCGAGGACCUCGUCGUAGCCUCAGAGUUCACUUCCAAGCAAUUGACAGACUGGUGGAGUCUGUUCUAUGUGCCACUCGCCAAUUUGGCUAAGUACGGAGACCUGCCUCUGUUGCUCGACUUUGUUGAUACGUACUCGCCAACGGAACAAACCGAACUGUUUAUCGGACUACUCGACACCUCGAACCAUGACCGGAUCGUCCAUUGGCUCUGCAAAUACCACACUUAUCUCAACGACAAUGGCUCAACUAUCAAUGACUACAUCCUCUCGUUAGGAAACGCCAUUGUCACCAAAUCGAGCGACCAGAUCGAGGCCAAAUUCGAAACUCUCACAGCGCUUGUCAAGUCCAGCGAUCUCUUGGCCUACUUACAAGCCAGCGGUGCCUUACAAAAGUUUGUCAGCAUAGUUCUGGCAAUUAUCUACCUCUGUCCCGAGGUGUCUCUAUCUCUUUACAUGAAGAUGAAGGAAAUUCUUGUUUGUCUCAAACUCGUCGAUGCUGAGUUUCUGGCUCCUAACACAGACCAAACGCUUACGCGGAAAGCUACACUACAAGAGAUGGCAAACUCUAUCGCACCCUGUCCGGAAAUCAUCAAUAUUCUGACGCAAUACGUCGAGACGGGAGAAAGACUGUUCUCCAACAAUAUGUCAUUAGCUCAGGUGGCUGAGCUGCCUAAUCUAGACUCACAAGAUCAGUACAACCAGCUUGAGAAGUUCAUCCUGACAGAAUCUGAGUAUCUGACAACGACUAAGCAAUGGGAGAGCUUGCUCAGUUCGAUCUACUUUCUCCUCAACAACACACAUGUCUUUAACAAAGUCAAGCUGGCGCCAGUCGAUGAGCUUGUUUUAAGCAAACUGCUGUCCAAAAACAUGUUUGUCCUGACCACCUCUGUCUUUUUGCCCAAAUACUGUACCCUGGAGACUGGCCAGAUAGAUAAAAUUAUUGUAAAUGCAGCAUGGGACUUCUACCGCAAAGCAACCAAUUGCGACCCGUCGAUGGGAUACCUUAAGAGCGCCCGAAACUGCUUGCAGAUGGCUAGCUCUGGCACAUUGCAACUCGACCAGCUCAUCACAGCGAACCAAGAACUGCUGCAUUGGAAACUGUAUUUCAAGCCGGGUGUUCCAAUAAAGCCUCUGGACAUCUUGGAAGCAAAAGACCCCUUGAAGAUUGUGUCCAGAAUUCUGGAACUGAACGACAGAGCGUACAAAGAAACCGAACUGUUAGAAUCGUUGCUUUUACACUUGAGCACCGGGCUGGAUAGACAUAGCCAGGAUGAGAUGGCCACCGUCAAGCUUCGCCUCCUCUGCCUUGAUUUUGCUAUUGCUCAAGACUUUGGCCACUCAUUGCAAUUGGCUUUGACUCUGAUUGACAUGGCCGUCGAUGCCAAGCAAAAAGAUCCCAAGCUAUUUGGUCUGAUCCAGGAAAGAUGGUUCUCCAUAUUCCAGCUCGUCAAGAACGACUAUGUCGAGCCACAAGAACACGAACAGAUAACACAGAAACUCCACCUGUUGCAGCGCCUGAUGCUGAUAGUGCCUACCGAAUUCAACACCAAUGUUCUCGAGCAAUGGCAGCUACUUAAUAGUAUCCUUGACCAAGUGGUAUCGGAGACUCCCCCAUCAGGACAGACCAAGAUCGAGAAAUCGAAUGACCUAGGUAAAAAUAUCAUUGGCUGGAUAGUUGGAGCCCAAUAACUCUUAUCAAAGCGUUUCAAUAUAUAUCAUUACUGUCCGCUCCAUACGGAGUCGAACUCAUCUAUUACAUUAUCCUUCUCAUUCACAAAAUCGCCCGCAUCCGCAACAUUUUCAGCCAAAUUCUCCAAUCGGUUUAGCUGCGUACCCGAAACAAAACCUUUAGUCUUGCGCUUGCUCUCCUCGCGGUCCUUGAUUUCGUCCACGGUCAUCAGACUAUUGUAAAAGGCAACCACUUUCUCGUGUGUGAGAAUCCUUGAAGGAUUAAAAUUCCUCACCUGUAAUCCUCUCCUGUGUGUAGCUCUCGAGAGUGCAACGUAGGCCUGGCCGCGCUCGAAAAUAUUCCGCAAGUCAAUUUGGACCAAGGGAAGAGUUUGUCCCUGCGACUUGUGUAUACUUAAUGACCAGGCGAGAAUUAGCGGGAUUUGGGUACGGGACACGAUUGGCCUUUCAAACUCAUCCUCGAGACUAAACGUUUCCGGCUCAAUCAGCACCUCACGAGUAGUUCCAUCGGCCUGAAUGAAACGAACCAGAGGCAUUCGUCUGUUUUUAGAGCUGCUGUAAAGCUGGUUCAAUAACUCUAUCUUGCGCUCUAUGUUCUUCUGCGCAGACUCAGGAAGGUCCUCGGGCUGUUCUUCCUUGAGCUCUUUCAAAAACGAAAAAACAUUCUCAUCCAGCUGGCUUUCUAAAACGGUAGAAUCCUCAAUCAGAUGUUUUUCGUCUCGCUUUGAAGGGCCCUUAUUCAACGAGUUGGCAGCCUUUUCCUCUAAUGUCUUGAUGUCGAUCUUAUCACUCUUGAUUGAUCGAUAAUGGGAAUAAGUAUCGGGGUCGAUAAAGUCCACAAUCUUGCCUAAGGAGCCGUUAACUAGAGUUUCGUCCAUAUUUUUGAUCAGCAUCACUUGAGCGUCCUUCUUCAGGGCAAUUCGUUCAGGAGCGAGAAAACUUGACAACAGUCGCUGCCGCUGAUCUUCAUCGGUUAGUGACCCUCCAUCAAAAGCCCUGAAGACAACUUCCGCACCCGGAAGCUGUUUCAACAUCGUGCUAUUGGCUCUAUCAACCUCCCGUCGCGUGGGAAACAAUUUCGCAGGAAUCACACCUUCUUUGGAAGCCAAAGGACGUGAAAGAGCCUUAAACUUUCUUGCAGUGGCUUCGGAGACAUUUCCAUUACGCACCUCGUUCAACAUGUUGAUAAAGUCGCGAUCCGAUUGUUGCCUGAAAACUUUCUUGAGGACGAUUGUGUACUUGAUGGCUUGUUUCCACGCUUGUGACUCAAAUGCAAAAACCGGUUCGCCAUUCUUAGUCACUGGGGGUAGUUGAUAAAAGUCUCCACAAAUAACCAACUGAAGUCCUCCAAAUGGAACAUCUCGCCGUUUUCUCAUUUCGCGAGCAAUCAUAUCCAGCUUAUCAAAUAAAGCUGCAUCAAUCAUAGAAACCUCAUCUAUGAUCAACACUUCCAGAUCUCUCCAUCUGUCCUUCAUUUUAGAGUUCCGCUUAAUUUUCUUUACUAGUUUAUCGGCAGGCGCAUCACCUAAUCCAAUGCCAGUAAAAGAAUGCAGUGUCUGGCCUCCUAUAUUACAAGCAGCGAGCCCUGUGGAGGCCGUGACACCAACGCUUCCCAGCGGAUGUUGUUUUUUCAGUGACUUGAUCAAUGACCUAAGCAAAAGAGACUUACCGGUACCUGCAGAACCAGUAUAAAACAAGUUGUGGCCCUGCCUUGCAAGUUCAAUCACCUGAUUUUGCUCCUCGCUCAGCGUGAUUGCCUGGACCCGUUUUCCUUCAGGCUGUUUCGCUUCGUUGGCGUCGUUCUUCCGCUUCACGUCGGCAAACAGGCUUUCUUUCUGCGUUAAGAGCUCUAGCUUGGCGUAUGCAGCGGAAGAAGUGCUCAUCAUACGUCUUCCGUCCAAAGGUUUGUUCAAAAGGACCUUGUUUUCUUUCAAAGGAAGAGUAUUCGCCUUUUCAGCUUUAGCAGCCGUGUCAUUCACAGUAUUGCGUUUGACAGGGGUCUCCAUGAUCGACUCAAUGCCGUUAUGCAAAUUAUCUGGCGUAGGGCUGUGUGGAGCUAGCUGCAUACUCUCCUGCCCCGACAUUUCCUGGUUCUUCUUCUCAAAAUAUCUCUGUAUUUUGUUCACAGCGGUGUCUGCAAUAUGCUUGUUUGAUGGAGAGAGCGUGCCAAACCACGUCAGAUAGUCACGCACGUGAUCCAGAGUCACGCCCGCAUGUGUCCCCUGAGUCCAGUGAGGUGAGUCUCGCUGUCUGCGCUUGAACUCUGGAUAGAGGACGCGGGUUCGGUGGUCUACCGGAGACGAAUCAGCAACCGACGAAGAUGUCUCCUCAGCGGGUGUACUUGCAGGCCGCUGAUUCGCUUGGAACUCCUCUAUCGAAACCACCCCUUCAUCUUCUGCGUCCUGGCUGAAAGAAUAGUUGAAGUCUGCUGACAAUAUUUUCGGGGAUCUAGUUUGAGACUCGGCCUCAAGCACAGCCCGGGCAGUGUCGUCCAGAAAAGAAACCAUUCUGUUUAUAUGUCGCACACUUAACUGCUUAAAACAAAAUCUCAUACAGCAAAC